GUUGGAACCACCGACGUGCAAAGGAAGACAAAAGCGAUUUUAUCUAAGAACGUCCCGAAACCUCAGUUUACCAAGAAGUCGAAAGAGUCGAAGGAACGCAAGGCAGAUAUGGAGAACUCCUCGCCCAUCUUGAAGGUCCUCGACAACCAUGGCAACAGAAAGAUCGCCGAAGCAAUCUACGAGUUCAAGGGGGAGGAGACUGACGAGAUCGACCUGGAGAUCGGCGACAAAGUUGCCAUCAUCGAAGAGUUCGACGAUGGUUGGUGUCAGAUCCAACUGCUCGGUCCGGGUGCCAAGAGAGCGAAGGAGCUCGAUGCCAUGAUGAAGGAGGGGAAACACGAGGAGAUCGCGGGGUGGAGGAAGAAAGGGAUUGUGCCGAGAAGCUACUUGCAGAUCAUCAACCCUGACAUGCCCAACGAGCCGCACGCGGGGCAUGAGAAUGAAUCCGCACAGAACGUCUCUGCGUCAGUGUUGAGUGACAGCAAGACGGAGGAGCAUGUGAGCUCUUCUAGCGGUGCGGAAUCUCCCAAGGAAGACCGUCAUGGUGAUCUCCCGCCUACAAUUCUUCGGCGCCAUGACGAGACAAAGGAGGCGACAACACCGAAUGACAGUGUCGUGAAGAACAACCCUCAGACGAACGGAACGAAGUCGAUAGUGUUUGAUGUACAGGACGAAGAGGAGACAUCUGGAUGCUGUGUGAGGUGCUUCUCUUUCAAGAAGCCGAAGAAUGUUUUGUGAGAAAUGUACAUGACAACAAGUGAGGAGAGGAAUGAACAGACUAUUCUUUGC